GACCCUUCCCUACCACUACCUUACCCCUACCCUAACCCUACCCUACCCCUACCCUACCUUACCCUACCCUACCCUUAUCCUACUCCUCCCCUACCCUAUACGUUCCAUAUCCUUCCCCUACCUCUAUCUUGUGCCUACCCUACACUACCCCUACCUUAUCCGUACCCUACACUACCCUACACUUUCCCUAAAUUACCCCUACCCUACCUCUAUCCUACCCCUUCCCUACCCCUAUCCUAUCCCUACCCUCAGCAAAAUUGGUCCAGCCUUUUGUGCGUGGUGCAAUGACCAAAAGACUAUAAUUUCCCAAGCGACUUCUAUGCUAAUACUAUAAAGAGGUAAAGUUUGUGUGGUUGUCGGGGGUAAUCUCUGGAUCUACUGGACCGAUUUGGAAAAUUCUUUUACCAAUAGAAAGCUACAUUAUUUGCGAGUGUCAUAGGCUAUGUUUGAUCCUCAUAUUCACACGGGAACGGGAACCACGUAAUUGAAACCGCGGGGCGUCAUAUAGCGGCGUUUCUGCGACUUUCAGAAAUUUUGUAUUAUCUCCGAAAGUAUAUAACUAAUUAACAUACUGUAAAGGGCAAAUCUUAUCUCUAUAAUAUCCUUGUGAUUAUUAAAUAAUUUAUUUUGAUAAGGAUUUAAGUUUAGUUGUGUAAAUAAUGACGUAAACCUUAAUUUAAAAUUUAAAUAAUUUAUUAAAGUACUAAAGGUACUAUAUCUGCUAAAAUAUAAAAGAUAGAUAUAUGGUGUCGCGGACUUUUUUGUAGAACUUUUAAAGGUUCAAAAAGCCUCCAUACAUUUAUUUCAGUUAUACGCAAUGGUUGAGGCAGCGCAUGCGAAUAAGUAAGUUUUUCGGUCCGACCUGUAAGAGAAAACCCGCGAUAACUCAGUAGUUAUAUAUGAUAGAAAUAUAAAAUAUAGCCUAUAGCACUCCCCGAUAACGUAGCAUUCUAUUGGUGAAAGAAUUUUUAAAAUCGGACCAGUAGUUCCGAAGAUUACCCCAUUUCAAAAAAUUGUUACAAACUUACAAACUUACAAACUUACAAACUUUACCUCUUUAUAAUAUUAGUAUAGAUUAUUUUGCAAAUAUCCAGACAAUCUUUGCUUUUUAUGUAUAAAUUAGUUAACAUUGACCUUAUUUACCCGAAUGUGUCAUAAAAAUCAAUAUAUUCAAACCUAGUCAUCAUCCCCAUUCAGUUUAAACACUGUUUACAAAAGAGGCAAAUAGUCUAUUGGCUACCGUACUUACUAAUGGUGGGAGCAUGAGCUGACAAACAGCUUUUAUAAAAUGACGAAAGUCUGGCGUUCACUGGCUCUUAGUCUACUACUACGGUACUACAGUGUACAGAGUCUCUGACAGACGGAAGUUCGCUAUCAUGGAGAGCGCGCUGUGGAUAUGUUUGACGGCCUUAUUUGCCCAUGCCACUUCACUAUCUGUCGCUCCUCGUUCAUACGACACUAUAGUAGUGGGGCUGGGGUCAGCAGGUACCACCGCUGCGGCGACGUUGGCGCGCGCUGGGCGACGCGUGCUGGCGUUGGAGGCGCAAGACAGGGUCGGUGGACGAGUGAAGACUGUGCCCUUCGGUGACGGAAUUGUGGAGGUCGGUGCUGAAUGGAUACACGGGACAGUGAACAGCAGCGUAUACGACGCAGCCAUUACCAACAACGUGUCGGUGGUGCUGCAGGAUCCGUCGUACCAAGUGCUCAAAUCGGAUGGCAGCGAGUAUACCAACAAGGAACUCAUCUACGAGUUGAUGGAAUACACUCUAGAGGCCCAGGAAUACCCUCCAGAGGUGCCGGAACCUUUGGGGAAGUUUUUGACCAGGAAACUAAAGGAUUACCUCAAAGAGAAGCAUCCAGAACUGCUAGACGACGAGGGGUUCAUAGCAGAGCUCUUGGAGUUCCUCAACUUUACCAUCAACAGUCUGGAGUCUUCCAACGACUGGAACGAUGUCAGCACACAGACAACCUCGGUGAACCUCGAGGGACCACAGACUAUGAGCUGGCAUCGACAUGGUUACAAGACCUUUUUUGAACUUUUGUUGAACACAUACAACAACGGACCGGGCUGGCCGACGCUAGACAUCAAACUGAACAAGGAAGUUACGCAGAUAAAAUGGCCGAAAGACUCGACAGGCAAAGUGGAGGUAGUCUGCAAAGACGGCGAUGUCUACACAGCUGACAAUGUCAUUGUGACAGUGUCGCUUGGAGUACUAAAGGAGAGAUAUACAACCCUCUUCUCACCACCACUUCCAGAUGAAAAAGCGACUGUAAUUGAAAAAUUAACAAUGGGUGUGGUGGGCAAAACCAUAUUCUCGUUCCCGGAGCGGUGGUUCCCUGAUGUGAGCACGUUUGUGUUCUUCUGGAGGCCUGAAGAUCGGGCGUUAUACAACGACAACCCAUGGAUGCUACAAUUGAAACAGGCAUUCGUUCCCAAAGGAUCGGGGAAUACUUUGACUUUUUGGGCCAACGGUGAAGUGGCUAAACUGAUAGAAACAUUGCCUGAAGAAGUCGUGAAGGAAAAAAUGAUGCAUAUUCUAAGAAGGUUUAUGGGAAAGAAUGUGACUAUACCAGAACCAACGGGAAUGAUCAGAUCGAAUUGGUAUAGCAACCCGUUCACGCGAGGCACUUACACCUACGACAAUCUCCAGCUGGUCAACUAUCCCAACGCGCGCGCCACUCUAGCGGAGCCCCUACUGGACGCUGCGGGGAGCCCUAAGCUGCUGUUCGCGGGGGAGGCGACCAACUCGAAGCACUUCUCAACCGUGCACGGUGCAAGCGACUCGGGCCGUAGAGAGGCGAUGAGACUACUAUCCAAUAAUGAAUAAUAUGAUGUCUUUACAAUAAAGUAUAACCUAAUUUUGUCUGAUAUACAAUAAAGUAUAAACUGGUGCUAUACUAUGCAAUCUAUCUAUAUCUA